AUGUUAGCAAGACAAGCAAUGGAGCUCCUGGGCAGAGCCGACGCACAGCCAGCCUGGCGCGUGCAGGAUAUCGUGUAUGUUUCCAUCAUAGGCCCGGUCAUGUUGGCUGCCCUGCUCGAGUGGUUUCUGUGGAUUGCCGCCUUUCUAUAUUGCCUAUAUAAAGUAUUCGUCAAAGCAGAUCAUUGGAGUGUACGAAUUUUAGCUGUUGUGAUAGCGAUUCUAUUUACCGCCCUCCGAGGCAUUUUUCUUCCUGUCAUGGUAGUAACUCUGCCUCUACCCUCCAAUAUUACGCGAACUUUCCCCCCCAAAUUGGUUUCUUUUCUGCAGUGGUUUGCUUUUUGGACAUUUGCAGUUCUUCUCAUUGUGCCUUGGCUUUUCUGCGUCUAUCGAUUGGUAACAAACUCUCUUGGACGAACAAAGCGUAUAAAAGAAGUCUUGGACAUUCGAACUGCCCCAAAGACCGUUAUUGUGAUGCCUGUGUACAAGGAAGAACCCCCCGUGUUGAUCAAAGCGAUUGACUCCGUCGUGGAUUGUGAUUACCCCCCUGAAUGCAUCCACGUCUUUCUCUCGUUCGACGGUGACCAGGUGGAUGAAUUAUAUCUGAAGGUUGUCGAGCACCUGGGGGUUCCAAUAACCCUGAAGACGUAUCCACAAAGUAUCGAUGUGGCUUAUAAAGGCUCCAGAAUCACGAUAUCUCGAUUCGUGCAUGGCGGAAAGCGAAACUGCCAGAAACAAACAUUCCGCUUAAUCGACAAAGUCUACGCAGAAUAUCUCCUCCGACACGAUGAUUUGUUCGUUCUAUUCAUUGACUCAGACUGCAUCCUUGAUCGGGUGUGUUUACAAAAUUUUAUGUAUGAUAUGGAAUUAAAACCGGGAAGCAAACGGAACAUGCUAGCUAUGACCGGGGUCAUUACCUCGACAACACAAAAAACGUCAUUAAUAACUCUGUUACAAGACAUGGAGUAUAUCCAUGGCCAACUGUUCGAGCGUUCCGUCGAAUCGGGCUGCGGCGCUGUAACCUGCCUUCCAGGAGCCCUCACUAUCCUACGAUUCUCUGCUUUUCGAAAGAUGGCCAAAUAUUACUUUGCAGACAAAGCAGGACAAUGCGCAGAUCUCUUUGAUUUUGGCAAAUGUCAUCUUGGAGAAGACCGUUGGCUCACCCAUCUCUUCAUGAUUGGAGCCCGGGAGCGGUACCAGAUUCAGAUGUGUACCAGUGCUUUUUGCAAAACGGAAGCUGUGCAGACGUUUCGCAGUCUUCUCAAGCAAAGACGGCGUUGGUUUCUCGGUUUCAUUACAAAUGAAGUGUGCAUGCUCACAGAUGCUCGCCUUUGGUAUCGCUAUCCAAUUCUGUGUGUUGUUCGCUUCAUGCAAAAUACCAUUCGAACAACUGCGCUUCUUUUUUUCAUAAUGGUAAUAUCUAUUAUCACAACGUCAAAUCGGAUCCAGAACUUGCCCGUGGGUUUUAUCGCGGUCUCGCUGGGUCUGAAUUAUCUCCUAAUGUUUUACUUUGGCCUCAAGCUACGUCGAUUCAAAGCCUGGCUCUAUCCGAUUAUGUUUAUUCUAAAUCCAUUCUUUAACUGGAUCUAUAUGGUCUAUGGAAUCUUCACGGCGGGCCAGCGCACUUGGGGAGGGCCUCGUGCCGAUGCAGCAGAAGCAGACUCCAGCACAACGCCUGCGCUGGCAGCCCAACAAGCAAAGGAGCAAGGCGAUGAUCUCAAUGUCAACCUCGAGUCGUUCCAGGUAGCCCAUGAGGAACGGGCGCCUGUGCCUGUGCAUCCGUCGCAGGGAGUGGAAGGUCGGUUUGCCCCUCCCGAGCAGAACGCAGCUGGCUACUACGACAAUACGAACAUAUCCGGGCUCUCACUACCUACGCACUUUGCUCGCCAACCCGGGAUGCCCCAGCUUUCUGUGCGUCCGCGAGGGUCGUUUGAGUCAGAGCUCACCAACGGAUCUGCAGUGAAUUCCAUCUGCUGGCCGCGCCGGCUGGAGAGCAUCAUGGCGGAAGAAGAGCAGGACGAAACUACAGACCAGGUAUACAUGACCUCAGAAGACCAGCAGAAGAUGCAGCUGGCGCGACAGGCUCGAGUCUCAACCGUUGCUGUCGACAAAGUGCCGUUUGACUCCGUGUCGGACCUAGAAAAGGACUCGAUGUCGCGAGCACAGAAUGCUCAGCAUUUUGAGAGACGGGCAACGAUGCAGGAGUUGCAGCCACCCAGCAACCCCUACGGCCGCUCUGCUUUUGAUCCCGCCCGUCGGCCCCGCGCUGGCCAGAGUCCGCUCCGCACCAGCAGCGCGGCAGACACAGAGGGCGACGACAUCGGAUUGGCGGUCUCAUCGGUGUCGGAACCAGCCCGAACUGGAGAGUCGUGGGCCAACGAGUCGACGUCUGACAGCGAGCGCGAGUCCUCCCGCCGGCGCACGGGUCGCAAACGACUGGCCAAGCAGCCGCGGCGGGGUCCGGAUAUGGUAUGA